UUUUUGAUUUAUUUUAAGAAGGCGUUUUAUGCGUUAAACUUAAGACGAGGUUUUGUUUUAUCUGUUUCACUCAUAUUUUGGAAAACUAGGGAAGUCGCGGUUUAGAAAAAUGGCAUCAUUUGAGCAAUGUGAAUCCAGUUCUCAGCCAAAAUCAAUGAGUCGUGCAAAGCAAUGGACAGAUGAAGUCGAAGAUCUGUACAGAUUUCAGCAGGCUGGAUAUAGGGAUGAACAGGAAUACAGACGAGUGAAGCAAGUGAUGUUGAUUGAACGUUGGCCAGAGACUGGAUAUGUGAAGAAACUUCAGCGACGAGACAAUACUUUUUAUUAUUACAACAGAAAAAGAGAAUGUGAAGAUAAAGAAGUACACAAAGUUAAAGUGUAUGCUUAUUGAACUGAUCUCAAGUUUUUAUUUAGACAAAAUUGUGUUGUUUAGGUUACCAUUUUGUAAGACAAGGAAACAAUAAAAUCAUUAAAGACAUUACUAC